AACAAUUACAUGGUAUAUAGCUUAUCGCAUAGGCUAUUUACUGGGCAUUCGUUGGUAUUCUGGCACUUGAUCUACAGGCCUCAAGUGCAGUGUAGCUUGUUACUACAGCCUAGUUACUGUGAAGAGUUCAAAAUGAAUGUAGUUACCCCGGUCUGGUUGGAUUGCUGGUUUUGUUGCUGUAUUGUUUAUGAAAUUGACUGCAAAUUGUGAAGAUAGGCCUAUUUUAGCUUAACUAUCUCCUGGAUUGCAUUUGCUAACAUGUGAAAAGGGUUUUAAUAAAUUGCAGUUGCUGAGUCCAGUUGCAACAUGGUCUCAACAUAGUUCUAGAAUUCAUUGACCAGAGACACAAGGCACAUAUUAUGAUUAGAAAGGGAUGCUUCAUUGUUUUCCCUUUCAAUUGAUGACAACACUAAUUUGUUUAAACAGUUUUGCCUGCUAGUUUAUGGUUACCCAAUUGAAACACUUGUAUGUAGCCUACAGUGGCUUGUUUUAACAGUUGUUCUACAUGCAACGAGACGUAGGCAACGUGUGGCUGCAACCUACCUGCUGGGUUUCAGGCAGAGACGUCUUGUGUGCAUUUAAACGUAGGCUACGACGGUGAGACAAAUAUCUAACGUUGCCUUGGUCCCGAUGAUAGCAUGGGCUACGCUAUCUCUGAAAGGCUGGUGGUUGAGAACAUGUCACUGAGCUGUUAACAUAGCAAUCCAUAAAACUGCCCUGUUCAUAGUGGUCUAACAAAGACUGGCUAUUCCCAAAUUUCGAUUAACGGGAUUAAUAUGUAGCCUAGACUUAAAAUCCAUUGGGUUGCGUGCAAUCAAUAUUUGUCCAGCAUAUGUCUUUUUAAAGCAUUGAGUAGGCUACACGUUUCGUGGAGACUAGCCUACUACGCCGGUAAAACGUGCACUACCUCGGAUGGCGUAGGCUAAUGAAUGGAUAUCACUUUCGUUUAAGUCGCAGUUCUGUUACUCUUGUAGCCUAAUUGGUUAUGCAAGACGAAUGCUGGCAGCUGUAGUCUAACACAGUUUUCCGUCUUUAAAAUUGGCUGUCAGUGAGUUUGUGGAUAACCUAUUUGCGAGGGCAAAUUUCGGUUUCACUUGUGUAACGGCUUGUGUUAAAAAUGAACCCAGAUGUAGCCUUGUUAUGGGUUUAAAACUUGCAUCUGGGAAUAUCUUCCUCUUCUCUGAAGAGAAAUCUUUCUCGGUUUCGCUACUUUGUGGUUGGCUAUGUUUUCGGAUAGGCUGUUCAGAACUCUCCAAGUCUAAUGUUUUGAAAUCCCCGAUGUUGUCGACAUUUAUAAGUUGUCUUUCUUGUCGUUUUAUAAGCUACAGUGAAUUCCUGCAGUCAAUAACCUUCUUUAGACUUGUUUCUGUCUUUAGCUUUGCUUAGGGACUGAAUUAAACCUAUGAAGAACAUAGGCAAUCUGUAGGUGAUGUUUAAGGGUGAGUCUAGCCUAUAAAUUAGCCUACUAAACGGUGCUCGGCGUAAAUGAAAACCCGUGUCUUAACAAAUCAGUCCAGACACGCGAUUUAUUGAAAUCUUAUGUUUUGCGGAGAGAAAUGUUAAGGAAAAUAUAAUGAGCCGAUUGUCGACGUGGUAGCCUUGGCUAUGGUUGUCUGGUCUUUACCGUAGGCUACUUCAGACGACACGGGGUUUUUGUGUUGUGGAGAGGAUCGCAUUGCGAGAUGGCAGCCUCAUUUUUGUUGUUUACAUAAAAACAUUGCUUAUCUAUUGAGUUUAGAUUUAUUUUUGUCACAUCUGCAUGAAAUAUAGUUGCUCCCGUGGCGCGGCUCUAUUUUCAGUCACUGGCAAGAUGCCAAGUAUAACCUAAGUUGCUAUAGCAACAAUAAGAAUUACCGUGUUUGGACACAAAUAAACAGUUUACUGUUUUAGAUCUUUAAAUAUUGAAAAGGCUGCGGUAAUUACAGUCAGGAUAUAUUGAAAGUGCAAUGUUUUACCUUGGCUUAUGAUUAUUGUUGUAUUCAAAACGAACGACUGAAACGCUGCCUAAGUAGGCUACAUCCUAAGUCUCCUCCGGUCACGACGAAUCGUUUUGACACACUGAUCUUAGCUGAAGUAAAAUUACAUUGGCCUAAGUCAAACAGGUCUUGCCUUCCAUGACGAUGCAUCGAACAACAAGAAUUAAGAUUACUGAAUUAAAUCCACAUUUGAUGUGUGUUUUGUGUGGUGGAUAUUUCAUAGACGCAACUACCAUCAUAGAAUGUUUGCACUCAUUCUGUAAAAUGUGCAUUGUUCGCUAUCUGGAGACCAGCAAGUACUGUCCAAUUUGUGAUGUCCAGGUUCACAAAACAAAGCCUCUUCUAAACAUUCGUUCUGACAAGACUCUUCAGGACAUUGUGUACAAGUUGGUUCCUGGUCUCUUCAAAAAUGAAAUGAAGCGAAGGAGGGAUUUUUACGCAGAGCAUCCAUCAGUAGAUGCUGCGAAUGGAUCAAAUGAGGACCGUGGAGAGGUGGCCGAUGAGGACAAGAGAAUAAUCACAGAUGAUGAGAUAAUCAGUCUUUCCAUUGAAUUCUUCGACCAGAACAAGAUGGAAAAACAAGGCAGCAUGGAUGAAAAGAAAGCAAAAGAAGAGGUAAAUAACAAACGGUAUCUGCAGUGCCCUGCUGCCAUGACUGUGAUGCAUUUGAGGAAAUUCCUAAGAAGUAAGAUGGAUGUUCCUUCCACCUUCCAGAUUGAAGUAAUGUACGAAGAUGAACCGUUGAAAGAUUACUAUACAUUAAUGGACAUUGCCUACAUCUAUACCUGGAGAAGGAAUGGACCACUACCUUUGAAGUACAGAGUUCGUCCCAACUGCAAAAAGAUGAAGAUCAGCCACUCGCCAGAGGGACUGAACAGCGCCGGCCGCUCUGGGGUGGAGAGCGACUCCGCCAGCGAUAAAGCCAGCAGCCCCGCUGGCGUGCCUUCCACUUCCUCAUCGCUGCCCAGCCCCGGCACCCCGGUUCAGUCGCCGCACCCACACUUCCCCCACAUCUCCAGCACGGUCAACGGGAACAGCACGGCGCCCUGCCCUCCAAUCCGACAGACCACCUUCUGCAACAAAGUGCGCAAGGCCUCCUUCAAUGGCUCCUCCACAUCUUCAGGAUGAUGGCCACCGAGCCAGAUGAUCCAGUUCUUCUGAUGCCAACAUAGCUCCACUGUAGAUGCUUACUUUUUAUCAUUGUUAUUGCUCUAAUUAUGUCACGUGUGUUUUGACUUAAAUGAAAUCACAUUUCAGUUGAAAUGGAGUAAUGGAGGUCAUGGACAGAUUAGUCCCUGUGUUUCUUCCUUAUGAUUACUAUUAUGAUUUUUAUUUUUAUUUUUGGUGUGAAAAAGCACAGGAGGUCCUGUUGAAGGUGGUGUAUAUGGGAACAUUAAGGGCAAAGCUGAGAAAUUCUCUUAUUUCUAGAGAAAGAAGGUGCGCUUUGUAGAUUUUAAGAAAUCUUUUGCUUUUGAUCCACCAAAUUCAAUGAAUAUGUUAUGCUUGGCCUAAAUUUGAAUGUGCAUUUCAAUGUAGACACUUGUCUUCUCAGACUUCAAAGUUUUUUGAUCGAAAUGAUUUACUUUAUAAUUGUAAAACGCGCCCAAUUUAAGAAAUUAAACUAAACGUAUACGUCUAAGUAAAUAAAAUGUAAAAGGUGUGUUCAGUUAGUUGCUAUCUGAACGAAUUUAAAAUGCAAACCAGAACCCGUUAAAAUGGGGCGGUUUAGAAGAUCAUGAAUAUAUUUUUAUUGCACACAUAGUUGCCUCUAUCCUAAUUAGCAGCAGUAUUACGGCUUGUGGACUUUUUUGCAGAGUUUUUGUAAAGAGUCUGCAACCAUUCAGGUUGCAGUAAGCCUGUUCAGUUUUUUUAAUUCUUUGCUGCCGCCGAGCCGAGGGACAGAGUGCUUCGUUCUGUCUGCUUGGCUAAAUGUUUGAAGUUCGGUCUGAACGCUGCAGAAGUCAGAUUCAUAAUAAGCAAAUGUAUAUAGGCCUGUAUGUGCAUAUUUACUUAAUUAGCUAAUGUAGAGGUGGAAUAAAUGAACAAAGCUCAUUGUCUGAAAAAGACAUAGACCUCUGUUAAACUAUAUAUGAAAGUCCAUUUCAUGCUAGAAGACAAAUGUUUUGAUGUCUCCACAGUGUUCUCAAUAUUUGUACUGGCCGUUUGUUUGUAAAACUAUUGUAUUGUUACUGUUGCACAGUAUAAAAACAUCUAAAUAAACAUUUUACAUUUUGAUUA